AUGCAUUCUUACGCUAUCCUCGCUUUGGCGGUUGCUGCGGCCGCAUCGCCAUGCCCAUACGGCCAGAUGGCUGAGAAGGGCAUGCUGUCCGCCGAAGACUCUGCCAAGUUCUUCGCUGCCCGCGAGAAGCGAUUUGAGGGCAAAGAAAGCGUCAUCACAGCCGAGAUCGUGGGACGUGACGCUGAACAUGCUGCACAAGAGCAGUUCUAG